GCAGCCCGGAGCCAGCGCCCGCCUCCUUCCCCAUCCUUCCCCAGCCGGGCGCGGGCAGCCCGCAGGCGGCUGCGCCUUUGUGCCGGGGCCUUGCCUCAGGUCUCGGCCCGGCCCGCUGAGGUUAUAUUAAGAGAAAAUUUUAACAAGUGUUAAGGUCGUCACAAAGUUUAGGAGAUAAUCCUGUGAAUAAAGAAAAGUGUGGGAACUGGAUUUAUAAAGAAUGGAAGAAUACAACGUGUUGAAAGUACUAGGAGAGGGAUCCUUUGGCAGAGCUCUCCUAGUUCAUCAUAGAAUCAGUGACCAGAAGUAUGUAAUGAAGGAAAUAAGGCUUCCAGUGUCUUCAUCUGGUGUAGAGAAUUCUAGGAAGGAAGCUGUUCUUUUGGCUAAAAUGAAACAUCCAAAUAUUGUUGCCUUCAAAGAAUCAUUUGAAGCUGAUGGGCAUCUCUAUAUAGUGAUGGAAUAUUGUGACGAUGGAGAUCUAAUGCAAAAGAUUAAACACCAAGGAGGAAAUUUGUUCCCCGAAGACACGAUCCUUCACUGGUUUGUGCAGAUGUGCCUGGCUGUGAAGCACAUUCAUGAUAAACGUGUGCUGCACAGGGAUAUAAAGUCCAAGAAUGUCUUCCUCACUCAAAAUGGAAAAGUCAAAUUGGGAGAUUUUGGAUCUGCACGCCUUCUUGCACAUCCGAUGUCAUACGCUUGCACCUAUGUGGGAACUCCUUAUUAUGUACCUCCAGAGAUCUGGGAAAGCCUACCAUACAACAACAAAAGUGAUAUAUGGUCUCUGGGGUGUAUUCUGUAUGAGCUGUGCACUCUAAAACACCCGUUUCAAGCCAAUAGCUGGAAACAUCUCAUCCUUAAGAUAUGCAAAGGUUCCUAUGAUCCGCUUCCAUCUCACUAUUCCUAUGAACUUCAUUACUUAAUAAAACAGAUGUUUAAGAGAAAUCCCCAGAAUCGUCCAUCAGCCAGUACUAUUCUUGCAAGAGGUUGCUUAACCAAACUUGUGAAAAACUGUUUGCCUUCUGAGAUGGCAAAUGAGUUUGAGCAGGAACUAAAGGAAACCAAGAAGCAUGAAGGCAAUGCAACAAGACAAAAGGGUAGAGUCAUGGCUGGUGGAAGUUCAAACAAUAGAACAGAAAAUAGACGAAGGGAAGAUGAAAGUAGCAAGCAUAGCCAUUUAGAAAGGAAAAAUGCUGAGGGUUUGAGUGAAGGCACAAGGGAACAAAGAAAAUCUUACCAAGAAGGAAGUACUGAUCCAUCACACACCCACAGGAGGCAAUGGGAAAAGGGGAUAUCCAAUACUGUGCUGGAUGUCCUGGAAAAUGCAUCCUUGCUUUCUUCCAGUUUUGCACCUGAAGAGACUGAAAGUGGUGGUGUUAUAAACUACAGUGAAAAUAGGCCACGGAAGCAGUGGAACAAGGAGCCCCCUCAGACACUGAUGGACAUGCUCAGCAACGCAGAUGUCAGCUUAGCAUUUAAAACAUACACAAUUUAUAAAGCAGCUUCUGAAAACAUAUUAAGGGGUCCACUUUCUGAUGAAAGCAAAGCAUCUGAUGAAGUAGAUGGUGAACACGAAACUGUUGUCAUAGAUUCUGAGAGACUUGAACCUAGAUCUGAUGAAGAUGACACGGACUUUGAGGAAGACGACCCAGACUGGGUGUCAGAAUUGAAAAUUAUAUUGAAACAGAGCGGAUGAAAAUCUGAAUUUACCUGUGACAAGUGAAGUUAGGUGUGCUGGAUCCAAGUUGCUGUUAAUAAUUAGUUAUUCAUUAAAUAAUUUCAGUCAAAAAGA